UUGAGAUAAUACAUUAAACAACUUGACACCGCUGCUAUCAUAGUGUGUUCCUGGAAAGUGUGUAGAUUUUUAUUUAAUUUGGGCUUUAUGUCUAAUACGAUUUGUUAGAGUGACAUUAGUUGGGUUGUUGAAAGAGAUGCAGGGUGGGACGAAUUCGUAACUGGACCUUUUAAAACGAUCACUCCCGUCCAGUUGUUAUGGAGCAGCCACCUGGGGGCUUAGAUGAUCUACAGCCUCAGGACCUCUCCACCUCCAGCAUCCCCACUGUGAUUGACCUGACCAGGAAAGGCGAGGAAUGUGUCCUCAACAGCACGUCCCUCGAUGCAAUGCAGAUGGUCAGGAGCCCCGGUUGGUACCCAAACACGGGGACCAGCAACCCCGGAUUACCCUUCUCAGACACCAGCACCUCGGACACCACUCUCCAAUCAAGGGAUCAACCAGACAAUGCCUUCUCCCACACUACAGUCACCCUCUCCUACGUGAGCAGGUCUCACGUCUUCUCCCCUCACGACUCCCUGUCUCGGCAUUCACCUCUAUAUGGUGUGCCACCUAUAAGCAAGUUGUCCGCCCACUCUCCUUGUGACUCAGAUAAAGGACUUGGGGAUACUGGCUGUGCACUGAACCAGCAUUACUUGGUUGGAGGGCCCCUGGAACUCGCCACUCAGAGAGAACUUUUUCAUUCAAUGUCUCAGGCUCAGGUGGGACCAGAGAACAACUGUUUAACGAAGGAGCCUCAAGAGCUAAAUGGUGGCGUCAUUUCCAGCGACGUGGACGUGGAUAAGUGUGUAAAAGGCAAAGACGAAAACAGCCUUUUUUGGGAAAAGAAUGGUGGUUUGGAGAAUGGACAGGAUGAUAGCUUUUCGAGUUCAGGAAUAUGUGCUGAAGCCUCACCGGAGACACUCACCCCUGCCACAGGGGAGGAUGUGAAGAGGGACAGCUCUGAUGUGCUGUUUCUCCUGUCUAAAAAACAGGACCCAGCGGUCGUCCCGGACAGAGUGGGUGCUACUAAAGACCUGUGUUCACUAAGCAGGGAGUACAUCAGUCCUUUGGAGGACCCUGUCUCCCCCUCCGCUACCUCACUGGACAAUGUAGAGGAUGUGUUAAUCCUGCCUCAGGCCUCCAGCUCACCUAGUGGCGACAACUCUUAUCUAGAGACAACUGAUGAUGAGGUUGCGUGGGAUGGCUUGAGGACAAAGGGGGCCAUUAAGCCAGGCUCUGGCAUCAGCGAUAGUACAACAAGGUUAGAUUCAAGUGCUGAAAAUAAGCAGCCUGUCUAUAGACGGAGGGCAGUGUUGGAGCCUGUCCAUAGACGUAAGGCAGUGUUGGAGCCUUUGAUUGACUUGACAGAUGAUGUGUGUGUGUCAGAUGUUUCAGGAAACAAACCCAAGACUGUCAUUCCUCACAUGAACGGGAAUGCAAAGGCACUACAGAGAACUUUAAAAGAAAAGAAGCUGCCGGUGCGGUCCGGCAGAGGAACGCGGUUAGAGGCUAUAGUUAUGAACAUAAAUUCAAGCAGGUAUAAAGUGUCAGGAUGUAUACGCACCAAUAAGAAAGCAAAUGCUUCCCAGUCAACAGCUAGGGAUUCUAAUUUAGCCAGUCCUAAGAGGAAUGACACCCUGUCAGUAGGAAAAAGGAAAAGCAGAGCAAAAGUGCUUUUCUCAGUGAAAACAAUGAAACAAAAAGCAGUAACUUCAAUGAAAAGGGAUACAACUAAUAACAUUAAAACUGACCGUUGCAAAGACUCUACCUCUGAUUCUGAAAUCAAUAAUUCUAAGAAGUCUAAUGGCAGCACACCUCCAAAAAGCCCUCAGUUUGCUGUGCACAAGAAGUCAAAGAAGGAGCUACUGGAUGUUUCAUAUGCUGCACACUCACCACAGGUUAGCCCUGUGAAUUCAAAGAGAAAACCAUCAUCACAGUCAAGUCUUCAGUAUGUGCACAAAAACCCAAAGGAGCCAGAGCAUCUUUCUCACCCUGACCCCUUAAUGGACAUUCAUAUGGCAAGAAUUUCCCCACCACCACCAUUAUCAAAAUCUCCAAAGAAAAGCCAAGGCAAAGGCAAGGCUAAAGGUAGCAAAACCUCUCCCACUGCCAAGACGAAGGGGGCUGGCACUCUCAAGAGGAGGCAAAAGAAACCCAAAUGGAGCCAGUCUCCCUCCAUGUUCUCCCCCAAGGAGCCGGAGAUCAAGUUGAAGUAUGUCAACUACAAGGAGGAGAAAAGGGACUUUCGGUUAGACAGUUUCUCUCCAUUCAUCCGUGUAAAGCAUCAGCAGUUAUCGUCAUCACUGUGUACUGUAAUAAACUACCCCGAGGAGGUAAGCACACAACAGAAGAAGGGCCAACAUCAGCAGGCUCACCCCUGUGGCUUCAAUUCUGCAGUUGUACCCAGCACUUCCUGUCUGCAGCUGGGCAGAGCAUCCACGAACUGCCAGCACCUGCGCGCUCUCGUCUGCUGCCUGUGUGGGCAGGCGGCCAACGCCAUGGACUUGGGGGACCUCCACGGCCCCUAUUACCCAGAAGGUUACCAGCCAAGCGCCAAAAGACCAGCCAGCAUGUUGUGCCUCAAAGAGGACGAGGACGACUACAGCAAUUCAGACUCUUCCUCGUCCUGCAGCAUCCGAGGCAGGGGGAGGAAGAGUGCCAAUCCACCCACACCAAGGCCCCUCAAGCCAGGAGCUCACCUGAAGCAGAAGGGCCUCCUGGAGAGCCACCGGUGGACAUCUGACAAUACUGGCAGCCCUGCAGCUAAGUGGGCUCGGUCAGAUGCUGGCUCUCUUGAUGUGGAGGACUGGUACAGCCCCCCUGUACUGCCUCUGGAUCCCUGUGAAUACUGGCUCCAUGAAGACUGCGGCAUCUGGUCCGCAGGCGUGUUCCUUGUGAAGGGCAAAGUCUACGGACUGGAGGAGGCUGUCAAGGUGGCCCAGGAAACGAUGUGUUCAGCGUGCAGUGACCCAGGUGCUACACUGGGCUGCUUCUUCAAAGGCUGUCCCAACAAGUACCACUACAGGUGUGCUCUGGAGUCAGCAGACUGUGUACUCAUUGAAGAAAACCUUUCCAUGAAGUGUAAAAAGCACAAGAACAAGACAUUCAAAGCCCCUCCAGGGAACCGAUGGGAUGACAGGUGACAAGUUAGCAGAAACCACCUAAGACAUCUACAUGCAACAUCCUACAGGGGCUCUCCUUCCCCUUCUGCUGGUAACCAUGGCAACUGUGGACCAGGGUUCUUCUGCUUGACAACAAGCACCCGUAAACCUUAAACUUCACCCUCUGCACUGUUAACCCCUGUCACUGAAACCUCCCUCAGUCCAGUCUGAUGGCACCCUUAAGACAGACUGCCAUAAACAUCUGCAGACUGGGGAAACCUACUCUCAACUUCACAAUAAGUAAUAUGCUGAAUUUGUCAUUCUUGUUAUUACUCUGUAGUUAUUUAUAUGGAAUUUUUUUGUUCCUUGUGUCAAAUAUGAAUAACAAUCAAAGAUAUUUAAUUUUUUUUUAAAGAUUUUGUAAGUAUUUGAUUAUAUUUGGUUUAUUUAUUCCUGGAGUUUUCUUAUUGGCUUCUUUAGAAGUUGUCAAAGAGGUUUGAUUGUGUGUUUUUAAGUUAUUGGUAAAGCAAUUUAAUGAAGUAUCAAGCCAGUCAACGAGAGGCUGGUCGGUCGAGAUUUGACACUCGCAAAACAAGGUACCUGAAUUGACGCUGUCAGCACGACAGGGUUCCAUAUUCCAUACACCUUUUUGUAUCAUAGCACACAGGAUUACGUUUCGCUUCACAAAGAGAGGUGCGUUAGGCAAGUCUCAAAUACACUUAAACAACACUUGCACUAAAUGUUGGGCCCAGUUAAUGUUAUCAAGGAGACUAACCGUGUGUUUUUGAAUGUAUUCUCCCCAUGUGAGGGGUUUUUGCAGGAAGCACUUUGGAGUGGCACUGAACAGAUCUGGUCUUCUGCUACGGCUGCAGUAUUACGUUUCUGAGCUGACUGACUUCCCCUGUCGUAUCAUUUGCUUCAGACUCACUCAUGCGACUCUUUGAGGUUCACAGGUCAUCCGACCAUUAGGAUGAGACCUUGUGAUCUUAUUUGGCUUAAAGCACUUUGGCCUCCUACCUCCAGGCUGGGAGAAAUGUGCCUGUGUUGUGUUUGUCUUCAUGGCCCUUAAAUCAGUUGGUAUCUUAAUGCAAUUUCAAUACGAUCUGUUGAGAGAACUGUAAGGGGAUAAGAAGAAAAUAAGCAGACGUUUUCUUUUUUUUUUUAACAGGGAAAAGUAAAGAUUUAUUUCAGUGCAAGUCAUCUGUUGUUUACUUGGAUUUUUCUGAGAACUGCUUUUUUCUGUUCAGUUAUAUUUUUGGAAUUUUGCAUCACAAUGUUAGCAUUGCUUUGAGGGUACCUCAACGUAACUUUUUUUGGAACAAAAGAACCUCUCGGCUUCACCUGUGUCCCUUAAGUUCAAGAAGGAUGUUUGUUUGCAGAUUUCUAUGCUGACAUUGAGCAUCUUUGGUUCUUAUCAAUCUUAUUUCAAUAUGAUGCUAGUAUAAAGAUUCCUGAUCGUCUACUGCAAUUUAAUUUCUUGACUUGGGCCUGAAUGGUAACUUUCCACCACCAGAACCUUUCUGAAAAAGCCUUAUCUGACGUUCAAGAGGUAUAUACGGUUUUUCCUAUCUUCACUGGAUUCUGGUGCAACGACAAAUCAGUGGAUGUACAUUACCUUUCAUUGGACAUCUUUAAUGACUAAAGGCAGCUUGCAUGCACUUUUCUACUGCAGACUUUGUUAUUGAUACAAGAGGCAUUGGGUAUGGUAGGCCAAUUGUAAUGAACCCUUUUGCCACGCAGGUACGCACUCAGUCUCUGGGACUUAAUAACCUUAAUACUUGUUGAAUCAGUAAUUGAGGUUAGGGCUUUGCCCUCUCAGCCUGCCUGUUUGUUUUAGAGAAAAGUCUAUAUGUGAUUAGUGUUGGUAUGUACGUCUCUAUGUACUUUUGCAUAGCGCCAUUAGGGGCAGCGUUGUGCUGUCUAAGACCAGCGUGUGAGGUACAUUAAGUCAUGGCUCCAUGUUAAAGGAUAUCCACACAGAGGCAGCGGAAGGCUUUGUCUGCUAAGUGCCUCACCAGCAGCAGGACACACACACACACACACACACACACACACACAGACCCAAAUCUCCUUAUCCUGGAACACCAUGUCUAUUUAAUUUGUGCCAUCCUUAUGUUUUCUGUAUUUUACAUUUGGUUGCAGUGAAAUUUUCACUACAAUUGUUUUUGAUUACAGGCAGGUAUUUGCAUUGUAACAUAUAAAAAUUUUGGACUAUGAUUUGUUCUUAAAUGUUUUGUCCGUGUGUUAAUCUCAGGGCUGAAUCUCAAAUAUUUUAAUGAUUGGAAUUUUAUUUUGUGAUUUUUCCUUUGUUUUAUUGGGCUUGUUGUGUAAACCCCACAUUGACUGGAGCAAUGAUACACGUAGCAGGAUGUGGCUUUCUCCUCAGAUGCAAAGCCAUCUGUCCUGGUACACGCUACAUUCCAACGUCUCCUACAUGUGUAUGUCAGUGCUGUGGUGUUUUUAGGUUUAACAUGGGACUAGGACGGCCAACUCAUGUCACUUGUUUCAUGGUCUUUAUUUUAUGGCAACUUUUUGUACCAUCUUGGAGCAUCAGAGGUCAUGUAAUUGUCAAAAAUAAAUAUUUUGUUUAA